UUCAAGCGAUAGCAAUUGAAAAUCGGAGCUAAAUUCUGCUCUCCGUACUAUUCACUCAAAAAAAAGCGCCACACGAAUCAGAAAAACCAAUUACAAAAAACUACAAACAUAAAAGAUGCUGCUACUUCGACGUUGCCACAAGUUAAAGUUGCGUCCAUGGGUUCGCCUUUGCUCCGCCGAGUUGAUACAUAAGGAUGGCUUCAUCGAGAAGCUGCGCCACAGUUUCGACGAGGACGAGCGCAGCAAUCUGGUGGUGCCCACGUUCAAGAGGGCCAUGCUCUAUCCGGAUGAGAUCGCCGUGAAGGACAUGACCGGCGAGUACACCUACUUCCAGUUGUACCUGGCCGCCAAACGUCUGGCCAUUCAGAUCUCCAACAUAUGCGGCAGCGCUUCGCUAUCGAAUGUGACAUACUUGUGCUCGAACAACGCGCUGUGGAUAGCCAUACAGUGGAGCUGUUGGAUAUCCGGACAGGUGGCGGUGCCACUGGAGUCCGGCCAGGCGAUGGACCAACUGCAGCGCCAGGCAUCGCACUGCAAGACCAAGCUGCUGAUAGCCACACCGGAAUUCGAGUCACUGGCGCAGGAAUUGUCGCAGGAUCUGAAAUCGGCCACCAUCAUUUUGGAUCACGCCUUUGUGCCCACGGCCGAGAGUGUGUCCUCCACAUCGAUGUAUGCCAAACAGCUGGUGGGCAUCCAGGGAGUCAUCCUAACCGAAAGUACGCUGCCCAGUGACUUCUAUGCCAAGGCGCCGGCCAUGCUGAUCUACACACCCAAUGCGGUCAAUAAUCCCAAGCCCGUAAUGUUGUCCCAUCGGAAUAUCGACGCACAGGUGCGCUGCUUGAUCGCCAGCUGGCGUUUGGGACCCACGGACUGCAUGCUGCCCAUUCUGUCCAUGAAUCGCAUGCACGCCGCCUUGGGAGCCGUGCUCAAUGUGGGCGGCAAUGUGGUGCUGCAGCAAAAGUUCGACGGUCACAAUGCGUGGAGUGCUCUCCUGGGCAUAAAUAGCCCAUCCAAGCAGCGGGUCACGCUGUUUCUGGCCAUGCCCAUUGUCUACAAGCGGCUGAUUGCCGAGUACGAGAAAAUGUUUGCCAAGGACUCGCGCAUGGUUGAGUACAUUGUGAAUCAUUGCCGGCAGAAGAUCCGUUUGAUGGCCACCGCUUUCGCGCUGCUACCGGACUCGGUGUUCUACCGCUGGCGCGAGAUUACGGGUCAGAACAUAUACGAAUACUAUGGCAUGAUGGAAACGGGCUUGGUUCUGGGCCAUCCACUGGAUGAACCACAACGCGAUGGGGCAACAGUGCAGGUGUCUGCCGCAAACAGCAACGCCCUCAAUGACUAUCGUCCGGGCACGUUGGGUGCGCCGCUGAAGGGAGUCACCGCCCGAUUGAUCAGCAAUACGGGUGACGAGCUGAUCACCUGCAAGAACGAACUGGGCGGCACCGUGGACCACGGCCUCAUACAGGUGGAGGAUAUCGGCGGUGACACGUCGUUGACGCAAACCGUCAUUGGUGAACUGCAAAUCGCUGCCUCCCAUUUGGUGUCCCAUACGUUGGCCAGCCACAAUCCGGAAAUGGAACCGGGAACCACAAACAACAAGGAGCAGCAGCAGCAGAGCACCCAGGAUGGUUUCUUUAAGACCGGCGACAUUUGCGCCUAUCGCAAUGGCAACUUUUAUUUUCUGAGCAAAAGCAGCGAUGUGUUCACCGUCGGCGGCUAUAAGGUCUAUGGAUCGGAGAUCAAGAAGGUACUGAUCUCACAUCCCAACAUCAACGAUGUGGCUGUCCUGGGCAUACCCAAUAAGUUGUGGGGCCAUCGCCUGGGCGUCAUAUGCAUUGUAUCGCCGGAUGCGGAUAUUGAUUUGGAUGCGAUCAAGACGUACUGCUAUCGCCACCUGCCCGCCCACAAGUGCCCCACCGUUUUCAAGACGCUCGUUUCCAAGUAGAGACGUAAGACGUAAGACUUCUGCGCCCUUCGCUACAAAUUCAAGUGAUUUCCGACUGUUAUCCAAAUAAAGCUUCUUUCCUUGUCAUAAA